AUGCAAAUGCAAGGGUGGACGGUGAUUUCCAAAGAGGAACAGUUUCUGAACGAAACGCCCCGGCGUCGUUGUUUCAUGCUGCGGGCCGCGACGGAUCACCGGGGCCGUAAGCUGGGCUCCGUGAGCGACGUGGAGGGCUCCAGCGCCCUGGUAAGGUGGCCGGAUGCUGGCGGCAAUUUGGGGCCACCGGUGGAGGUGGCGCUGGAUGGCAAGAAGGGCCUGUUGCAGGCAGAUCUGUUGAAGCGCUUGGAAGAAGUGGGCUGUGAACCUGGCGAAGAGGGUCAACAAGCAGUUUUCAAAGUGAGCCUCAUUCGCGACUUCAAAGGAAAGCUUCACAGCAUGCGAAAGGUGCUGGAACGAGCCAAAAAGAUCGGUGAACAGAGUGAGACAACUCCCAAGGAGGAGAAGGAACUUGCUGAUGCUGAGGAAGAGCUGAACCAUUUGAAUCUGGAAGAGAAAGAUGUGUUGGGUGCUUUCGUUACAUUCACAUAUAUCAAGUUCAAAGACUUUGUGAGUCAAGAGUAUCGCUUCAGCCGACUCCUGGCGUUGGGUCCCUUAAGCCAGGGCCCAGAUCAACGCUUCGAGGGCCAUGCCUUGAAGUUGCACAGUGCACCGCUGCCCAGUGACAUUUUCUGGGAGAAUUUUGAUUGUCCCAGCAGCAUGCGGAGGUUGAAAACCUCGUUCAUGGGCCUAACUUUCCUGGUGGUGCUUCUGAUUAUGGUGCUGGGUCUGAGCUUAGCCAAGUGGGGUCGAGAGCAAGCGCAAGCGCAGUCCCCGGAUUGUUCCAUCUAUGCCAACGUGACCACGGCGGUUUUUGCUGCGACCCUUCCUACGGAGUGCUACUGCGCGUGGGUGGGGGCUGCCAACAUUUUGCAGGACCAACCAGCUGGGGUAAUGGACACGUGUCAAAGUUAUCUUCAAACGGUGGCCUUUGUUCAGUCCAUGGUCAUUGGUGCAGCCAUUUUCUCAUCCAUCAUCAACGUGGGGUCCGGACACCUCAUCUCUCUGUUGGCGCACUUCAUGCAGCCACCCAACUGGACAGCUUUGGAAACCAAAAUCACAGAGAUGACCUUCUUGGUUCAACUGCUGACCUUGGGGGUGGUGGUGACCCUGGUGAAUGCGGAUUUCGGCUUCGGGUUGGGCGCGGAGAAGGGCAUCUUGGGCCUCGUGGGCGCUGGGGAUUACCCGGACAUCGACCGGGCCUGGACGGCGGCCGUGGGGGUGGAGAUCCUGACGCUCUUCCUCUUCAGCAUCUCCACUGAGGAGAUGAAAGCCCUGUACACACCGCCAGAGUUCGAGCUGGCCCUGCGACAAGCCAGUCAACUCUCUGCUGUUUGUGCAGCCUUGCUGUAUUCCUCCUGCCUGCCCAUCCUGAAUUUGAUCUUGGCCGUGCGGCUUUUGGCCAUGUAUUGGACCAGCAAAUUCGAGCUGCUCCGUGGCAGCAGCGUGCCCAAGCGCUUCUCUCACGUUCUGGCCUUAUCGGCCACCCGAUGGGUACAGGUGGCCGUCUUCUUUCACAGCGCCUUGGCUGUUUGGGUCUUUGGCGAUGCGCAGAUGACCGGGACGAAGAAUUUCUUUUUUGACACCAGUGAAGCCAGCAGCUACGUGGCGGAAGCGAGCAAAAUCCUUGGGAACCAGUUGGCGGUGGUGGUGAAGAUUGUGGUGGAGAAAGCCUUGACUCCAGCAGCGAUGCCCAAUGCCUUCGUUCUGGCAUUGGUGGUCACCAAGUGGUCCCUGGGUCUGUUUUCCUUCCUCCUGGGUGAAGCCGAAUGGCAGCAACUCUUGGCAGCAUGUCAAAAAGGCCUGGCGAAGGUCUUCCCAUGCGCGAAGCAGUCACAGAGGAGGAGCAUCUUUGAGCGCCGCUUCGAUAAGGAGCCGAUGCAAGAGAUGCUGAGGAUGAAGAUCAAUCCAAGUUACGACCUUUGGUGCGGCAGCGGCUUCGAGUUUCUGACCCCCGGCGCUGCGGGGGAGCGGAGCAUCCAGGCGGCGCUGGCCGAAGCCAAGCGACGCAAAGAGGAGGAGGCCAAAGGAUUGUCCAUCCAGCAGCCUCAAGCUUUGACCGUUGGAGGUCUGGGUGAUUCCUCCGUCAGCUUGGAGCUGUCCGGCGCGGCAGAGACGGAGCUCUUCUUUCAGCGACAGAAGGAGGAAGGAAAGUCGUUGUUGAUCAUGGUGCACAAAAGUGAUUUGCCUGACGACAAAAUAGAGGCGUGGCAGUGGAUUCUCUGGGUGGUGCUUCUGGGACUCACCUUUUUUGCCUGUCUCUCCACGCCCUUGGCCGUACAGGCGGUGGGUCCUGGAGCUGCAACGGGCACCGACGUCACUGAGCUGGUGGCUGCUUUUGGGAAGGUGAUUCCCAUCGCAUUUUGCAUCCUGGCCACAGUGGCAGCACAGGAGACGGCUCGCCGUGCCGUGGCAUCCAAGUAUGGGGUGGAGUUGACUCCGCCCUAUUUGAUUCCAGCCAUUCCGCUAGGGUCAGUGGGAUGCCUGGGUGUGGUGAGCAGACGGACUGGCACCGCUCCAAAUCGCGAGUCUGAAGUGAACAUGUCUCUGGCCGCCCCCAUUGCUGGCUUUGUCGUGUCAAUUGGCCUCAUCAUUGCAGGGCUGACCCUGGGUCCAGACGCGGACAACAGCAUGGUGAACCUGAAUUAUCAGGUCCUUCCAGUGCUUCUCCGAUUCAUCUUGAAGCCAUUCUUGGGUCAGUCGUCCGUGACCACACAGCCGGAUCCCUUUGCAGAUCCCACAAUCCUGGCUUUCCCAGCCAAUCCCUUGUUGAUUGGCGGUGCUUGCGGUCUGAUUGUUACCGCAUUGUCUUUGCUUCCCAUAGGUCGCCUGGAUGGAGGGGUCCUGGCACGAAAUGCCUUGGGCAGUGCGGCUGGCCCUGUGGGUCUGGCAGCUUGGGCCUUGCUGCUCUACGGCAGCUUCGGCCCAGAUGAUGCGGGCGCUCUCUACUUUGCAUUUGCCUUCACUGUUUUGAUCUGGCAGGGUGGAGCUGAAGCGCCGCCGAAAGAGGCCAUCAAUGAAGUAACUCCAGGACAGCAGAUCCUCUCCAUCGUCUUGGUCCUGGCCGGGUUGGCUCUGACCUUGCCAGGCGAGUGCUUCAACGCAGGGGCCACGGCGGCCGCUGCGGCCAUCGAAGUUUCAGCACCAGGUGGCUGCGUUGCACACGACCACAUCCCCGCUGGACGCGGUGUCGCCCUACCAUGCAUUUUCAGCGGCAUCACCCUGCUGGAUGAAGUGGCUCUUUGGGAUCUGCACUUCCGAGGUUUCUUGAGAAAACCCCGGAAGUGGCCUGGGCCGGAAGGAUUUCCAAGCACGCUGCGAUUACUGUGGGACGAUCGUGCCCUCUAUGUUUGCUGGGAGCUUCAGGGCGACCUGGCGGUGCCAGUGCGGCUGAAGGAGGCCCCACUGCUGGAGGGUGCGUUGAAGACGCUCUCCAGCGAUCAGCAGAGUUUGCUCUUCGACGAGCGCGUGGAGUGCUUCCUGUGGCAGCCAGGGAAUUCGAGCGAGGAGACAUACUUUGCCUUCGAGAUCAACUAUGGUGGCAAGGUGUUGACCAACCGAGCUCACUUUGGGGGGCGAUUCGGUUUCGAUUGGGACGCCUCCAAUGCAUUUGCUGUCUGGACCCAAGAGGUCUCGGUGGGUCCUGAGGGCGACUGUGCCACCAAAGCCCUCAGCUGUCGAGUGGUCAUUGGAGAGUUCAGAUGGGAAGCACUGGGUUUGGACCACCGAAAGGAGAUCCGCCUGGGGCUGCACCGCGCGCAGCAUCCAACAGGCGACCUGUCGGAAGCGCUGGGAGCAGAGGAGGCGCAGAGGUUGCUGCAGGGGAUGAUCUGGACCAGCUGGAUUGAUCCGGAUGAUGCUGAAGUGAAUUUCCACAGAGCUGAGAUGUUUGGGAGGUUGCUCUUGCAACCCUCAGGUAUCCAACAGGACGGCUCCUGUGCAGCCGCCAGGUUUUUGAGUUCGAAGGCGCUUCGCAUCUUGCGAUCUCCGAUCCCUCGUUUGGAGGAAUGCCCUCCAGGCUCGCUACUGAUCCGCGCGAAGUAUGCAUCACUCUGUGGCUCUGACUUUCCAUUCUUCAGAGAGAAACGCGACCCUGCAAGCUACUGGGAUCGCGAUGGUUUCUGCGGCCACGAGGCUGUCGGCGUCGUGUUAGACUCCCGGUCUGAUCGCUUCGCGAUUGGCGACACGGUCCUGUCGCUGCCCUCCUCGUAUUUCAAGUCCCAUGUAUCGAAACGUGCCGACUGGUUCGACGAGAAGGUUCACAAUGUCCUGUUGAAAACUUCUCCUGUGAGAGGUGCCUUUUGCGAGAUCUUCACGAGCCAUGAGUUGUACACCUACAAAGUGAAGGAGUGCCAACCUCGAAUGCUAUUGGCGCAAGCGGUGGCAACCAUUCUGCGUGCCUUGAGGAGACUAGGCUCCGUGGUGGGCAAAACCGUGGUGGUGCAAGGGCAAGGCCAGAAUGGACUCAUGGCUACUCGGCUACUGUCCCAGCUUUGUGCCAGGCACAUCAUCGCCGUGGAGCCAUUGCUCUACCGCCGCACGGUGGCCGCCAGUGGCGCCUUCGGCGCCACCGCGGCGACGGCGCCGGGACAAGCGGCGCUGGAGGCAGUGAGGACGGUGGCGCCACGAGGGGCGGACGUGGUGCUGGAGAUGGUGGGACAUAACCAGGAGACCAUCAACGAAGCCUUGGACUUGGUAAAGAGCGGUGGCACUGUGGUGGCCUUUGGUGUGCCUGAUGAUCCCGUCUACCACUUUCACUUCGAGAAGUUUUUUCGGAAGAACGUGGUGUUGAUGGCGUCGGUGUAUCCAGAUCCAGGUGUAGAUUUCCCUGAAGCAGUGGAACUGCUGGAACGAGGGCAGUUCGAUACGGAAGGCAUCAUCACCCACAGCUUUCCGCUGUCCGAGAUUCAGAAGGCCUUCAGCACGGUAUCAAGACAAUGUGAUCAAGGUUGCCCUGGAGCUCUAGUGAUGGCCGGUAAGAGCUAUGUCGAUGCCUCAAGUGAUCCAUACUUCCAGCGUGAUGCCAUCAUCAUUGGUGCUGGGGUCAUCGGCAAUUCCAUUGCCACAGAGCUUUCCCGCAGCGGCUGGCGCACGUUGAACAUCGACAAGCUCCGCGGCUCUGGGCAAGGCUCUACAGGCUAUUCCUCCGGAAUUUGCAGAAUGAUGUACAGCUUGCUGGACAGUGUGAAGUUUGCCUGGGAAGGCUACGAUUACUUCGAGAAGUGGGAGGAACACAUUGGUGUGAAGGAGCCACCAGGCGGCCUGGCACGACUCCGGCGCUGCGGUGCGUUGGUGCUGCGAUCACCACAGAGCCAAGUGUUUUUGGAGCGAGUGGUUGCCAGCCACGAAGCCGUGGGUUUGCCCUUUGAGUUCUGGUCCGCGGAAGAGAUCCAAAAACGGUUGGCCUUUGAUCUUCAGAGUUAUGGGCCACAGGUGCGCAUCGAUGAUGAUUCUUUUGGAGAAGCCACUGGACCAGCUCUGACGGGUGGCGUCCAUUUUCCACUCACAGGAUACGUCAGUGAUCCGAUGCUGGCAGCCUGCAAUCUGCAAGCAGCCGCGGAGGCCACAGGCCGUGCCGAGUUCCUCUUUGGCCAAAGCGUCAGCGAGAUCCUGCGGCGCAACGGAGGAGUUGGUGGUGUGCGCUUGACCUCUGGUGCGGAGCUGGAGGCCCCGGUGGUGGUGAACGUGGCAGGACCACAUUCCUCGCAGAUCACCGCCAUGGCGCUGGACUCGGUGUCAAAUGACAUGACCAUCUCCACCCGGGCCAUGCGACAGGAGGUGGCUUAUGUGUCCUCUCCACCGGAAGUCUCCUGGGACGAUGGUGGGGAAGGAUUGGUGUGCACCGACAUGGACGCGGGGGUCUACUUCCGGCCGGAAGUGGGCGGCAAGAUCCUGGUCGGAGGUGUUGAACCCUCCUGUGACCAGGACUUCCACAUCUAUCCAUCAGAUCCCGAGGCGGUGUAUCCGGGUGGCGAAUUGGCUUCCCUCACGGACCAGUGGACCAACCAGGUGUAUCGCUUGGCGCUGCGGAUUCCAACGUUGCCGUUGCCGGAAGCAGGGAAUGCGCAAGGCUGUGCUGCGUGCUACGAUGUCACCGAGGAUUGGGUGCCAAUCUACGAUAAAUCAGCACUGCCAGGUUUCUACAUGGCGAUCGGUACCAGUGGCAACCAGUUCAAGAAUGCCGGUGUCGCCGGUCGCCUCAUGAGUGAGAUCAUCCAGGCCAAUGAGUCCGGCAUCGACACGGAUGCGGAGCCGCUGGAGUUCCAGCUGAAGAGGAUUCCUUGUGGCGGGAGCAUCAGCAGCAGCACCUUCUCCCGGAAGCGCUCCAUUUUGCAAACCAGCGGUUCAGUGUUGGGCUGAAAUGGCCAGGUCCCAUGGGGCAACUGGGUUGCCGGGUUGGCAACCAUGUACACAGAUUCGUUGAAAAGUGGCCUUACCAAAGUGUUUGGCUCUGCCGUUUUGUUACAGCCGGAAAGGUUUCAAUGUAGACUGUUAGGAGCUAC